AUGGCGGGACUGACAACUCCGGACCCGUUUUUCAGUACGGAUAAAAUCAACAGAUUAACAGAAUUCAAUUUUUCGAAAUUUCUCAAAAACAAAGAGGUAGUGCUGGUGAUGUUCUACAACCCCAACGACAGACAGAGUUUGCUCUCCUCCAAACACUUCUCCUGG